CUGCUUUGUUUCAUCCAAAGAGCUCUUAUCAUAGCAACCCUGUGAGCAAAGGAGGGACACUGACUGGCUGAAAGUGAUGCAGUAAGGAAUUUGAACCCUAGUCUCUCAUGUUCUUCAUCCAGCCCAUUCACCAUGUUGUCUCUUUAGAGCUGCUUUACAAAGUUAAGCUUUGUGUAGGUGGCAUAUAAAUAUGACAAAGGCACUAUUAUUAAAUUUAUUAUAAUCAAUUAUUACAUGUGUAUCCAGCUUUCCUGUAAAGGGAAUUCAAGGUGGCAUAUGUGGUUCUCCCUCUCUAUUUAAUCCUGUGAGGUGGGAAGGUAGGGAGGUGCAACACAGCUUGGCUCAAGGUCACCCUUGGCUGUGUGGGGAUUUGAAACCUGGUCUGCCGUGUCCUUUUCUGCCACUAACUACCAAACCAUAAGGUUGCCAGUUUAUUUUAACUGUCUCUUAUGACCAUUAGCUUCUGAACAACUGGAAAUUCAACGGGUGCAGCUCCUAUCGGGCUUAUGAGACCCACAGUGGGGAAGAAAACUUCAGAACAAGACCUUGCAGACAGAGAACUACAUAUCCCAGCAGUCACCGGAAGAUUUUUUUAAAACAAAACCAUUAGUAAGCGCAUGCGCAUUGCACUCUUUCGACCCUCUUAAAGCCAAUAUUUACAAACUGCGCCUCCCAUCACGCAGCGCGCGCGGCACGAGUGGCUGCACAUGCGCUCUUCUUUUCCUUAACCUGACCCGGUCCCUCUGCCAAGGAGGCCGCCAUUUUGUCCGCAUCGCUUUGCUCGCGCAAAGGCUGCAGCGAUGCCCGAAGAGCCGGACCGAGAUGUGUACCGCGCGCCGCCUUCUCGCACCCCUAAGACGGAGCUCACCAACCCGCUGUACCUGGUAGACCAGAUAUUUCGAGUCGUGGUCGACGCGCCGGUCACAGCCUGGAGGGGUGAGAAGGGGCGGGGCCAGGAGCCAAAGGGCGGAGUUAGACAAUGGGGAGGGAGGGAAGCGCUGGGGGCGGGGCUAUAAGAACAAGGGGUGGAAGUGUGGGGUGGGGCUAGGAACUAGGGGGUGGAGUUAGAGUGGAGCGGGGACUACAAUCAGGAAUGGAGUGAAGGGCUGGGGCGGGGCCAGGAACAAAGGGGUGUGGCUAUGAGGUGAGGGUUGGGGGCUAGAAUGCAUAGGAAGGGCCACAAGGCUGUGGGCUCCUACAAGGCAGGAGGGAAAAAAAUAGGGGUGCUGGGGGGGUUAUAUGAGUGUGUGCAUUGCAGGGUUGAACCUGGGCUACAGCGAAGGCCUACAAUGGGAGAGGCUAGGACCCCAGGUGAUGGUAUAGAACAGGGUUUCCCAAACUUGGGUCUCCAUCUGAUUUCGGACUACAACUCCUAUCAUCCCAAGCUAGCAGGACCAGUGGUCACGAAUGAUGGGGAUUGUAGUCCAAAAAAAAUGCUAGAGGCCCUAGUCUGUAAAACACUGGUCUAUAAGUUUUGGAAGGGCUGGGAUGGUGCUAGAAUGCAGGGGAGGGACCAAGAGAAAGCUGCAGGGCUAGAACAGGGGAGAAGCCAAAUGCUAGGGAGGUUUUGCAAGUGGAAAAGGGCUGAGUUGAGUAGAAGGAGGCUGGAUGAUGUUGAAGUCUGGGGUGGGGAACCAAUGGUCCUCUGGAUGUUGUUGGACACCCAUUAGCUUCAGUCAGCCUUUCUCAACCUGUGGGUCCCCAGAUGUUGUUGGACUACAACUCCCAUCACCCCUAGCUAGCAAGGCCAGAGCUCAGGGAUGAUGGGAGUUGUAGUCCAACAACUUCUGGGGACCCACAGAUUGAGAACCGCUGCUGGAGAGGCUUAUCUUCCCCAGCUCUUGGAUAAGUGGAGUGCAGGUUGGAAGAGGGGUAGAUUUUCUUCAAUUCAUCCUCCCCAACCUUGAGCCCCGGCCUAAAUGUUUUGGGAAAACACCCUCCAUCAUCCCCAGCCUGUACUGUCAGUGGUCAAGGAUUAUGGGAUUUGUAGUUCAGCAGGAAGACUUCUCUUAUGAGAGCUCCCUGCAAGGCAUAAUUUUCCACGAGUUGACUCUGUCUUGGCUUCGUAUUGCUUAAAAGACCUCUUUCGUUUGAAUCUUGAAAAGCAUCUCUGGACAUUUCACUCCUGCAGAAUGGAUAGAGCGCCAGCAUGCAAAGAACAAGUUUUAUUACUAUCACCGGAACUUCCGCCGUGUGCCGGACUAUACAGAGUGCUUGGAGGACGACUACAUAUGUUACUAUGAAGCAGAGAUGCAGUGGAAGAGAGAUAAGUACGUCUUCUCUUUUUCGGAGGGUGGGUAGGAUUGCAGUUCGGCUCUCCUGCCAAAUGUUUUGUUCUAUGCAGGGUUGGGAGGAUGAUGCCUACAGUCUUCUAAGGAUUGAAUAGUUUGCAGUAUUGUUAUUUGACUUUCAGGAUAGAAGUAAGGAUUGUUGGUUAGACAGUAUCAUCAGUGUAUGUAGUGCUUGGGUCCCUGCCAUAAGAAGCUUGCAGUAGGCCAGGAGCAGGAAACCUUGGGCCCAGAGGCCAAAUGCGGUUGUCCAAUCUUCUCUUUCCGGCCCUCAGGACUCUCUCCCCUGGCCACCACUCCCUUUUUAACCCUGUUCUGCAAUCUCCUUCAGUGUUUCUGCUUGGCUGGACAGUGUUCUUGACCUCUGAUAAUGCCUCCUGCUUUCCUGGCUAGAGAGGUUUAUGAUUGUGUGUCGGAACUAGCCUACCAUUCAAAAGUAAAAAUUUGCAUUCAUUGCUCUGCCCAUUUUUGUCUCUGGCCCCACAGUCUAUCGGCAUGUGGCCCUUAAGAUGUUUGCCCAGAAGAGAAUGCGGCCUUCAACCUGAAAAGAUUCUCCACUCCUGCAGAGGACAGUUGUGGAGGCAGGAAUAGGCUGAGAAAUUAUUCCCCUCAAGACUGAUGUUUUUGCUUUCCCUAGAUCAAAGGAGGCUAAUUUGUGGCCACCAGAUGUGAUUGUACUUCAGCUUCCAACAAACCCAGACAUCCUAACCAACUCCCACCAUCAGUGAUCUUUGCAGUCCAAAACAUCUGGAGGGCACCAUGUUAGCAAAGUCUGGCCUAGUGCAGGGGUGGGCCUUGGUAAUAUGGUGCCCUGUGCAGGGCCAAAAUUUGACGCUGCCAUCCCCCCAACCCAAAUCCGCCUUCACUAAGCUGGGUAAGGAAGGUGCCAGGCUUUGGGAAGGAGGUGUGAGGCUCUCGCAGGAUCCUAAAGUCCCUCAUUCCAAGUUCUCAAAGCUAGUCAAAUGCUAACUAGUUUCUGAGAAGGAGGAAGGACUAUAGGACCCUGUCAGAGCCCUCAUGCUUCCUUCCCAAAGCUCAGCAUUCACUAGGCUUUGGGAAGGAAGCAGGAAGGCAGCCCCUUGGCCCCUGCUCUCUGCGCAGGGAAACCAAUUGUGCUGCCCUGAAUCCACCUCUGCGUAUUGGUUCUAAAGUCCACAUGGAAAAUUUGAGUUGUGAAGAGGAGCUUGAAAUAAAUUACAGGGCAAGCCCUGCCAAAGAACUGGGAGGCAGUUCCGGACAUAAGGGGUAGGAAGGGAGCAAGAGUGGGCUUGUUACAGAGAGGAGGAGGCUUGAGAACAAUAGAAUUUAAAAAAGGAAAGUUGGAAGCAGGAAUGUGGCUGCGUAUUAGAUUGGGAGGGAGGCUGGGAAGUGGAGCGGACUAUGGAGGGGUUUGUGGGACAAUUAAAAUAAGAUAAAAUAAUCUUGUUGGACUGCUUGCAUUAUGUGUUUUUGAUGUGUCAUAUGGACUUGGUGUAAUUUUCUGUACAGAAUUUCAAUCCAGGGACUUAGGUAAAGUCUGUAUUAUUGCAUUCUUCAAGUGUUUGUAUCUCUCUCUUUCCACUCCCACAGGCUAGUUGAUAGACAAAUUGUGAGGAUCAUCCAGGAGAGAAUGGGUGCUUGCAAGCAGCGGGAAGGACCCAGUUAUUUGGAGAACUGUGCAGCAGAGUUACAGCACUUCAAAGAGGUGACCAAGGCCUAUGACGACAGAUGUGAGUCUAUUAGUAUAUUGGGAUUAUUUCAAAUUUACAUCCCACUGUGAAAACAAUCUGACUUAAAGGCUAUGUUCCAUCCUGAGCUCACACAGGUGGGAUUGGGAAGCUGGUAUGGAAGUCCACAUCAGUACUUGGGGCAGCCAUGCCUCCCUGGUUCCUCCCAGAUGUGCUUAGACUACAAUUCACAUGGGCCAUGUUGGUAGAAUUGAGAGUUCAGCUUCUGGUAGGAGGCAUAUUUUGCUGCUUUCCAAGUGGCUUCAAGACCUAGGGAGGCCUGGAUGAGCUACUGUCCUGCAGAGGAGCAAAGAUUCUUGCCUUACGAGUCGUGUUUUGGCUAUGUGUGUACACAUACAAAAAUCCCCCAAAGCUCAGCUUGACAGUAGUAGUAGUCAAGACUCCUGGAUUCACCUCUGUGCAGGACAGAGAAAGGCAGAGGGCAGAAAGAGACAAGGAAAGCACCAAUCUUAAAGUAAAUGACAGUGGAACUUGCUCUGAGCAGCAGGCCUAAUGUUCUGAUACUAGACUACCAUUCAGUACAGCAUUUUAUUUUGCUAUGUUGUUUUUGCACUGUUUGGUUUCAAAAUGCAUUCUUGUUUUCUUUGUUGUUAAGUUCCUUUGAUGUGAUGGGGGGGCAGAAAAGUGGUAUACAAAUAAAAUGAACUGUUUACUUUUUUGAUGGCAAGUUAGCAUGCUUAAUAUGUAAUUCUGCAGUGGAAGUCUCCCCUUUUCUCUCAGAUCAUGAUUGUUCUCCACUAUCAUCCUAGAUGGCGAACUUGGCGGCCUGGGAACUGCUCGCAAAUGCUUAAUGAAGCAGAAGCACCGGAUGAUUAAAGAAAGGAAGGAGGCCAAGGCAGCAGCUGAGGCACAUUAAGUGUUCUGGUCGCUUUGGCCUGGAUUUGCGCUCCAAACAGACAAACUAGCCUGUGUGUCUGCAGAUUAGACACUGUAUGGAUGGUAAAUCAAGCAUCAUCUGUGCUGUUCUCUCAGAACUACUGUAAACAUAUACAAGGCAGACUCAGAAUGUAUAGUGGGAAGAAAAUAAAGCUGUAAAUGCUAA